AGACAUUCAGUUUGGCGCUUUCAAAAAACAGUCAAAAAGCAAAAACCAGAGAAAAUUUCCCUCUUACCGGCCGCCCCCUCUCUUCUCCUACCUUUUCGUGUUUAUCUCUUUCCUAGCAUUUUCCAAAACCAAAAGGAAACGCUUUUCUCUUGCUUGGCCUUUAUAUCAUUUUAUCUCAUUCAUGAAUCACUCUCUUCUUUGUCCCUUUCCCUCCAUGCCAAGUUACUAACCACUCCCUCUGUUUCUUUUCUCUGCUUCUGUCUCUGCUUUGUUGUCUUUUUGUUGAGUGUAGGACGCUAAGAUUGUGGUUUUGUUGGAGACAUCGAAAACAGUUUUUUCUUUUCUUCUUUUUGUUGUAGAGCAAAAUGGGGUUCGUGAUUUCGACCUCUAAAAUUGUUUUUGCUCUUGUGUUGGGGUUUCUGGCGUUGAAUUGCUUCACUGGGUUUGAAUCGAAUGCUCAACUUCUGCCUUUGGAAGAAGUGAGAACUCUUGAAACAAUUUCCACAAAACUACACAACACUCUUUGGAACAUCAGCCGAAGUUCUUGCCAAGGUGGUGGAUCAGGCUUUUACAGAUACUUCACUGACAAUAUUCUAAGCAAUGUCACAUGCAACUGUUCCUUUGCAAACAACACUUGCCAUGUCACAAACAUUGAGCUGAAGGGUCUCAAUUUAACGGGAGUUAUACCUGAUGAAUUUGGAAAUCUUACUCAUCUGGAAGAAAUUGAUCUCACUCGUAACUACAUCAAUGGAUCAAUCCCUGCAAGCCUUUCUCGUGCUCCUCUUCGCAUUCUGUCUCUUUUGGGAAAUCGACUCAGUGGUUCAAUUCCUGCGGCAAUUGGUGACUUUACUAUGCUCAGAGAGCUGGUGUUGGAAGAUAAUCAGUUUGACGGGCCUCUUCCGCAAAGUCUUGGGAAGUUGACUGACUUGGAAAGACUCCUUCUUUCUGCGAACAACUUUACAGGGACAAUACCAGAAUCAUUGGGAAAUCUAAAGAAAUUAGAUGAUUUUAGGAUAGAUGGGAGCCGAUUAUCAGGGAAGAUACCUAGUUUUAUUGGCAACUGGACGAAUCUUGAAAGACUUGAUAUGCAAGGCACAUCCAUGGAAGGCCCCAUUCCUUCCACCAUCUCUUUGUUGAAAAACUUAACUCAAUUGAGGAUUUCUGAUUUGAAUGGAUCAAGUAUGCCUUUUCCUAAUUUGACAGAUACGAAAAAUUUGGAGACAGUGACUCUGAGAAAUUGCUCAAUUAGUGGUCUAAUCCCAGAUUACAUUGGCGAUCUGACAAAAUUGACAACAUUAGACCUGAGCUUUAACAAGUUGACUGGCGAAAUUCCAGAGAACAUUCAGGGUGUUGAUAGUCUAGAUUACAUGUUUUUGACCAACAACUUACUGACCGGACAAGUGCCAAGUUGGAUAAUUAACAACAAAAAUAACCUGGAUUUGUCUUACAACAAUUUUACGGGAUCACCUUCUGUUAGUUGCCCACAGUUAACUGUGAAUUUAGUUUCUAGUUAUUCGUCUCCACAACAAUCAUGGUGCUUGGAGAAGGACCUCCCUUGCCCCUCAAAACCCCGAUACCAUUCUUUGUUUAUCAAUUGUGGAGGGGGAAGGAUGGAGUUUGAGGGCAAUGAAUAUGAAGAGGACUUAACCACUGUGGGGAUAUCACACUUCGUUUCAUCAUCUGAUAAGUGGGGUUAUAGCAGUACGGGGGUUUACAUGGGCAAGUCUCGUGCAGAUUACAUAGCAAGAAACACAUUGUCUCUGAAUAUGAAUGGUCCAGAGUUUUAUCAAACAGCCCGCCUUGCCCCUCUCUCACUCAAGUACUAUGGCUUUUGCAUGAUAAAGGGCAGUUACAAAGUAAAGCUCCACUUUUCUGAAAUAAUGUAUUCUGAUAGCGAGACAUUCAGCAGCCUUGGGAAGCGCAUAUUUGAUGUCUCAAUUCAAGGGAAUUUGGUUUUGAAGGAUUUCAAUAUUAUGGAGGAAGCAGGAGGCGUUGGUAAGGGCAUCAUCAGAGAAUAUGAUGUUCUUGUUAACGGUAGCACUCUAGAGAUCCACUUAUACUGGGCAGGAAAAGGAACUACUGCCAUUCCUGACAGAGGUGUCUAUGGACCUCUUAUAUCUGCAAUUACUGUGACACCAAAUUUUAAGGUUGAUACUGGGGGGCUAUCUGCUGGUGCUAUUGCCGGCAUUGUAGUAGCGUCAUGUGUGUCCCUUGUAUUGGUUUUGGUAGUCCUCCGACUGAGUGGUUUCUUAGGGGGAAAAGAUGAGGAUAAAGAGCUGCGUCGUGGGCUAGAACUACAAACAGGUUAUUUCACUUUACGACAAAUUAAAGCUGCCACUGGUAACUUUGAUCCUUCAAAUAAGAUAGGUGAAGGAGGUUUUGGGCCUGUUUACAAGGGUGUUCUGGCAGAUGGUGCUGUCAUUGCUGUUAAGCAGCUCUCCUCCAAAUCAAAGCAAGGGAACCGUGAGUUUGUUAAUGAGAUAGGCAUGAUAUCUGCUUUGCAGCACCCAAACCUCGUGAAGCUUUUUGGUUGCUGUAUUGAAGGAAACCAGUUGUUGCUUAUAUAUGAAUACAUGGAAAACAAUAGUCUUGCCCGUGCUCUUUUUGGUCGUGACGAACAACGGCUAAAUUUGGACUGGAAAACUAGAAAGAAGAUAUGCUUGGGGAUAGCAAGGGGAUUAGCUUAUCUUCAUGAAGAAUCAAGGUUGAAAAUUGUUCAUAGGGAUAUAAAGGCAACCAAUGUGCUGCUUGAUAAGGAUCUAAAUGCAAAGAUAUCUGACUUCGGUUUAGCUAAGCUAGAUGAAGAAGAGAACACGCAUAUCAGCACACGAAUAGCUGGAACAAUAGGCUAUAUGGCUCCUGAAUACGCAAUGAGAGGUUACUUGACAGACAAAGCAGAUGUUUACAGCUUUGGUAUUGUUGCCUUAGAAAUUGUCAGUGGAAAGAGCAACACAAAUUACAGGCCAAAGGAGGAGUUCGUGUAUCUUCUUGAUGGGGCCUAUGUCCUACAAGAGCAAGGAAACAUGCUAGAACUCGUGGAUCCAAGUCUUGGUUCAAACUACUCUAAAGAGGAGGCCAUGACAAUGCUUAACUUGGCGCUCUUAUGCUGCAACCCAUCUCCCACUCUCAGACCACCCAUGUCUUCUGUAGUAAGUAUGCUCGAAGGCAAAAGUCCAGUUCAAGCACCAACAAUCAAGCGCGGUUCAGCCGAACAGGAUGCAAAGUUCAAAGCCUUUGAGAGGCUAUCACAAGACAGCCAAACACACGUUUCCACAUUCUCUCAAGAUAGUCAUGUACGAGGCGCAUCAAUGGAGGGUCCAUGGGUGGAUUCCUCGGUUUCUCUUGCGAGUAAGGAUGAGACCAUGGAACAUUCUUCGUCAACCAAGCUACUCAAGGAUAUGUAUGAUGUAAAUUUACAGUGAUGAAAAGCUGAUGAAAUAAAGCUUUUCAAAUUCUUUUACUCAAUUAUAUUGAAUUUAGUCCACAGAGAUUUUUUUAAAGGGGUUAGUGGAAAAUUUGUACUAGGAGAGUAGGAGACAUGUUUCUGAAAGUAUUGAACAAGAGUUAAUGUGUAAAUUAUGUUCCUCCAACUGUACCCACAUUUAUAGUCUUUUUGUUUCUGCAAGUCUUAAAAUAUCAACAAAUUAAACACUUUGCCUCGUA